GACGCGUCCGCCUCUUCUAAACACAUGACUUGAAGUACUCCGGCUAGAAAGACAGACGAAUGAACCGUAGCUCUGAAGUUGCGUUUCAUUUAAGAUUUCUUCCAUACAUUUUCCGGUACGGUGCAAAAUGAAGUUCGGUUGUUUAUUCGCGGUGUUGUGUCUCGCAGUCGGGGCGAUUGCAGGAAAGUAUUCUAGAGAAAUGAACGACCAGAAACCGUCCAUGGACGGCAAGAACACGGUGGAAUUUAGGAUAGCUAAACUCAACCAGGUUGAUCCUGGCUAAGUAUGGGAUGGAUGGGAAGAAGGACACCAGACCUCUAGAAUCUAACAACCUGAAGGACCAUGACUUCAGACAAGGAGACAUGUUUGACGACCCCAGACUGGACAAACUGUGGAAUAAGGCUAAGAGUUCCGGUAAGUUCUCCGAGGAGGAGAUGCAGAGUCUGAAGAGGGAGUUCCAACACCACAAGGACAAGAUCAGCGAGUAUAACAUCGUCAUGGAUACCGUCAGCCGCACGGAGGGAGGAACUGAAGCACUUUGAGACCAAGGUAGAGAAGCACAGCCACUACCAGGAACAGUUGGAGUUAUCCCACCAGAAGCUGAGACAUGUAGAAGCUCUAGGAGACAACGACCACAUUCUGAGAAACCAGGAGAGAUACAAUAACCUGGCAGAGAAGACCAGAGAGAUGGGAUACAAGAUGAAGAAGCACAUGCAGGAUUUAAACAGCAAGAUCUCCCGUAAAGGCUGACCGUAACGAACUGUAACCGACUCCUCAGACGUGGCUCUGGGGGCGACAACAGAAGGCCGUGUGUUUUCAACAUUACGACUGGUGUUCCUCAACAACAAAUGAAGUCUGCUUCCUGUUUUCUUGCCACAGUGCUUCAGAGUAUGACACAACGCUGGUGUCAUGACAACCCUACGAUGUACUGCUAAUCUGCCUGUCCACACACACACACACUCUCUCUCUCUUUUAACACACACACACACACACUCUCUUUUAACACACACACAACUUCCGUCCACAUUGCUCUUUUGUAGACCACUUUAAAGAAAUCAGUGUUUUUCCAUGUAAAUCUAAUUUGUGAUUAUGUUCCAUUUUAAUAAUGAUGAGCCUGUCUGUAUCUCAAAUAGCACCCUAUUCCCUACAUAGUGCACUACUUUGGACCAGGGCCCUAUGGAAGUAGUGCACUAUGUAGGGAAUAGGGUGCCAUUUGGGAAGGAAUGUGUUUUUUAGUGUCCUGGGUGCCACUACUGGUUAUGUGUAAAUAUGUGUAUAUGCUUAUUGUAGGUACAUCUGAUUGUCAGUGUACCAAAUGGUACCCUAUUGCCUAUAUAGUGCACUACUUUUGACCAGAACCUCAUAUGUUCUUAUUCAAACACGUAAUAACUUUGACUAACAGUUUUAUUAUGAAAGUAUUUGAGAUAACCACAUAUUACCACCAUCAAAACCUUCUGGGGAAAUAGCUGCUAACAGCGAGACUACAUCACCAUAGAAGCGCAUUGUAUCAGUGGAUUUGACUAUCACCAUAGUAACACCUAGUAACAAUGGAUUUGACUAUAUCACCAUAGUAACACCUAGCAUCAAUGGAUUUGACUAUAUCACCCUAGUAACAAUGGAUUUGACUAUAUCACCAUAGUAAACCCGAGCAUCAAUGGAUUUGACUAUCACCAUAGUAACACCUAGCAUCAAUGGAUUUGACUACAUCACCAUAGUAACACCUAGCAUCAAUGGAUUUGACUACAUCACCAUAGUAACACCUAGCAUCAAUGGAUUUGACUACAUCACCAUAGUAACACAAUAUCAAUGGUAUU